GUUCCUGGUUGGUUCUCUCCCUCAAAGGGCGCCUGGCGCAAUCCGGGAUGGCGCGGAAUGGGAAAUCCUUCGACGACCGCCUGCUGGAAGAUGACGGGUCCUUGGAUUUGGCUUUGAUGGUCACCGAGCACCCGGCAGUCAAGAGUUGCGGGCAAGCCAUGCUGGAGACCAUCAGGGAAGUCAAUGACUUGAUACAACGAUGUGGGCCCUGGAUCAAGUCUGGAGAAUUCCAAGCAGAAGCCACCAUCGAGGCCAACAAGUCGGUCCUGAAGGCCUUGAACAAGGCUCAGAAUGGCAUGCAGAAGUUGGACGACAUCGACUUGGACUCUUUGAAGCCUGAGUGGGGCGAUCGCGACUCUGUGCGCAUGGCUCGGAAGAGCGUCAUCGGCUGUGCUCAGGCGAUGAUGAGCCGACUGGAGUCCUUGAAGCAGCACCUGGCACCGCCUGCCGCGAAGUUCGCCUCCCAGCUGGGCAGCCAGCGGCAAGACACCACCUUCUACGGUUGGGCUUUGGAUGGAAUGGAAGUGGCCGAAGCGGCAGCGGCCGACGUAAAGCCAGGCGAGGAGCGAAGCGAGCGAUGCGAGCGAAGCCGCUCCCGCGACAAGGGCAAAGGCGAGCAGCGCACAGACAGCGAGAACUCCGAGGAGCGCAAGAUGAACCGGGACACCCCGCACUUCCAAUGGACGAAGGGCAUGAAGCUGGGAACUGGCCGCUACGUGGUGAAGAGGAAGGUGGGCGAAGGCUCAUUCGGCCGUGUGCUGGCGUGCCUGGAUGAGUCCAGCAAGCAGACAGUGGCCGUGAAGGUGGUGAAAGGGGUCCAUCGAUAUAAAGAGCACGCCCACGCGGAAGCUGAGCUGCUGCGGGAGAUCCUGCGAUGCGACCCGGGCCGGCAGAGCUUCUCCGUGAAGCUGCUGGGGGAGUUCACCCACGCCACGGCCCACUGCUGCCUGGUCUUCGAACUGCUCGACUUGAGCCUCAGCGACUUCAUGCGAGAUACUGAUGAUCGCGGGCUGAUGCUCCGAGACAUCCGCAGCAUCGCCCUGCAAAUGCUGCAGUGCCUGCAUUUUCUGAGCGCAAUGGGCCUGACUCACACAGACAUCAAGUGCCGAAACGCGAUGCUGAAAGAUGCACGUGGUGAGAUGGUGCCGCAUCCACGGAAGGAAGGCCAAGAGACGAAGAAGCUCCGCAGAUCUGAUAUCCGCGUCAUCGACUUUGGGGGAGCAGUGAUGAAGAAGGAGCGCCACAGCAAGCGGAUUGGCACCAGGCAGUAUAGAUCCCCAGAGGUCGUCUUGGGACUGCCCUGGGAUGAAAAGACGGAUGUGUGGAGUUUGGGCUGCAUCCUGUUGACCCUCUACACGGGCCAGCGGCCCUUCCCUGUUCAAAACAGCCUGCAGCAUUUGGCACUGCUCGAGCGCGUUGUUGGUGAGCUGCCCAAAGACAUGCUGCGAAGCGCAUCCGCAGGUGGAAGCUUGCCAGAAGAUGUUUCCGUGGAUGGCCGAGGGACCAUGCGCCUUCACCGGGCUUUCGGCGAUGAGGGGAAGGAGCUGCUGAAGAUCGCGCGGCCGCUGCAGCAGCGGGUGUUGCCACAGCACGGCUCCUUUCUGAGACUGCUGGAAGCCUUGCUGGCGCCCAGCCCCGAGCGCCGACUCUCGGCAGAGGAUGCGCUGAAGGAGCACUUCGUCACUGCGCAGCAGACGGAAUAAAACCGCGGCGUGCGCGCAGAAUCUGCCUAUGUUAUAGCGGGCUCACUUGGGG